AGCACCAGUCCCGCCCGCACCCCGCCGGCCGCUCGCACCGGGCGCCAUGUUCGCCGUGAAGCCGAAAGCCGUCAUCGGCUUCAACCUUUACUGCGGCGGCUCCCCGGCGCUGGGCCCCGCCGGGCCGGGGGAGCGCCCGGACCCCGCGGCCGCCGCCUCCGCCACGGAGCCGCCCCGCGACCGCACCGGGGCCGCCGCCGGCCGCGCCGACCCCCCCCGCUCGCUGAUUGGUCGCGGCGCGGCGCCCCGAGCGCUGAUUGGCUGCGGCGCGACUCUCUGGCGCCCCGAGGAGGAGCUGGAUGGAUGCGAACCCGAGCCCGAGCGCGGCCCCGCCGCGGACUCGCUGCCCGGGACCCCCCCGGGACCCCCCGACGGGCUCCGGCAGGACUCGCUGGAGCUCAUCAGCCGCUACCUGCGGGAGGUGGCGGGCGAGGCGCAGCCCGGCAGUAAGAAGCUUUUUCCGGGACUCCUGGGUGGUCCCGGCCGGCCUGGCGCGGCGGGGGAUGCGGUGAUGGAGAAGGCGCUGGAAACGCUGCGGAGGGUCGGCGAUGGAGUCAUGCAGAAACACGAGCUCGCUUUUCAAGGAAUGCUGCGGAAGCUGGAAAUCCAGCAAGAGGAAGACCUGCAGUCGGUGGUGGAGGUGGCUGCCCACUUGUUCAGUGACGGGGUGACCAACUGGGGGCGUGUGGUGACACUCAUCGCCUUUGGAGCCUUCGUGGCCAAGCACCUGAAGAGCAUCAAGCAGGAGCAGAGCAUCAGCUCCCUGGCUGGGAUCAUCACGGAUGCCCUGGUCUCAUCCAAGCGCCAGUGGCUCGAGAGCCAGGGGGGCUGGGAGGGGUUUGUGGACUUCUUCCGAGUGGAGGACCUGGAGGGCAGCAUCCGGAACGUGCUGAUGGCGUUUGCAGGAGUGGCUGGCCUGGGGGCCAGCUUGGCCUACAUGAUCCGGUGAGGCUGGAGCUGCCCAGGACCAGGACUUUGGGAGGGCUGGCACCCUGGGGCUGCAGAGCUGCUGGAGCUGGACUUGAGCAACCCGAGGAAGAUAUCGAGUUGUCCCCGGAGCAGUUCAUUCCUGAGGAAGAGGAAGGUGUGAU